CAAAUCUCUCUCUCUCUCUCUCUUUGCAAAGAGACUUCCUCUGAUUAUUUUCGGUAGAGGAGCAAAUAAAAAAAUGGCGUCGAAGCUGGUGAAAGCCCUAAUCCGAUCGCAGAUUCUUCCAUCUACGAGGAGGCACUUCAGUGCACCGGCUACCACACAACUCGGCGUGCCAACAGACGAUCUAGUCGGAAAUCACACCGCCAAAUGGAUGCAGGAUAGAAGCAAGAAGUCACCGAUGGAGCUGAUCAAUGAGGUCCCACCUAUCAAAGUUGAUGGAAGGAUUGCUGCUUGUGAAGGAGACACCAAUCCAGCACUCGGUCAUCCAAUUGAGUUCAUUUGCCUCGACCUAGACGAGCCUGCCGUCUGCAAGUACUGUGGCCUUCGCUAUGUUCAAGAUCAUCAUCACUAAGCCAACAUUCUGAAAGUCAUGAAAAAUCUCCAGUCUCUUUUUUCUCCUUUUUUAAAAUUCAUUGUCAAGUUUGCGCGAUGCAUCGGCAUCUUCAGACAUCUUAUGUAAUAAAGGUUUCGAUCAGUGUUUGAUUAUGUAUGUUUGACCUCAGAGUCUUUUUCAUGUCACUGAGCCUAAAAAGGCUUUGGGGAUUUGCUAUAUAACCAGUGCCAAGUUUGUUCCAUC